GAGCUAGGUACCGGUACGACAUGAAACUAACAGUCGUGACCUUCGCUACAUGUUGAUCUUCCGACCUACGCCUGGAUUCGAACCAUUGCUGGAAUUUUACACAAGCAUCCGGUCGUACUCCGGUCUGUCAUUUCGUCGACGGAUGUUGUAGUCUCUUGUCGGUCCUCUCAUUGUACUCAUCUACGCGUUCUUGCCGUUGUAUCCAUACAAAAUAAACUUGUUCUUUUUCUUGCGCGAGGACCUUGUUUCACCGGAUCUGAAAAAGUAGACGACAAGUUGUACAACUAUCAUGCCGCCUGCGACACAAAAUAAAGUACUAGACGAUGGUCGUGAAGAUGCGCGGCCAAGCUCUCUGCCCGUUGCUGCCUCCCCGUCACCCUCGUCUGAUGAAGUUCUUGCAACUUCUUCUACCAAAAACGUCAGCAGCACCUGGUUCCUCGGCGUCCUGGCCGCCUUUCUCGCGGGGCUGGCCUACGCGACGCAGACGACCCUGAUAGGCGAGACCAAGAAGCAAAACAUCACGUUAUCCCAUGUAAAAACGUCCCCAACCCAUAGUCAAGAUGGGGACUUGGCUACACAAAGCCAGCCUCUUUUGGCUGUCGCGCAUGACAAGUUUGGGCUCGCCGUGUCAUCGCGUUUAGCUAUUGUAGCUGCGUCACAAAUCCUAAUCCAUCCCCUCAUGCUGAUUCUAGCAUAACAAACUGCCAGACAGCAUUACAUACAGAAUGCUCCUCGGGCUUCUGCAUGACAAACAUGUAAGGUUUGCAGGUUUGCAUGACAACUAUGGCGUCGGGAGGUUUUUCCUCAGGAUACACGUAUGAUUCGCAAAUCAUGGUGCUCGCAGCGGAGCUGGUGAAGCUGAUGACAUCGUUGGUGUUAGGGGUGAGGAUGGAGCUGCGGGGGUUUAGGGGACGAAAGCACAAAACCUCCGAGACAGGAGGCCCUGCUACAGCACGACCGAGGAUGGAAACAGAUACAGCCAGCACUAGUAGCUUUGCUGGCACUGUUGAGAUGUUGCCCUCUACUUCUAAGGAGGUGGGAGUAGAUGAGAAACAGCAGAAGUCUACUAGUACAACGUCAUCAUCCACUUCAGCCCCCGCCUUUCUUCACGGCCGCAACAAGUGGUUCUUUCAGGAACUUUUGAUUCUCCUGCCCGCGGCCUGCUACACCGUGCAGAACAACUUGAUUUUCUUGACCCUAUCCAAAGGCUACCUGGAUCCGCCGCACUACCAGCUUUUUUGCAACGCGAAGAUCGCGAUUACGUCGAUCUUGUAUCGAGUGGUCAUGCGGAAAGCGCUAACCGUUAUCCAGUGGUGCGCGCUCGGGUUACUCACGGUUGGAAUGCUGGUGUGUGCGCUGCCGGACGAUGAUAGGACGAGCGGAGAAGCUGAUCUUGCAAGCAGAAGCAGUAGUACGACAGGGACAUCAGAAAGCAGCAAGGACAACACGAAUUUCCUUUUCGGCAUUUUGUGUGUCGCGGGAAUAUCCUGCUGCUCGGGCGUUGCCGGGGUGACGAACGAGUUUUUGCUCAAGACCGCCGACAAUAUGCACUUUGCGAAUGCGAAGAUGUACAUAGCGGGAAUAAUCGUCAGCAUUGUGCUGUACCAUGUCGAAGGACAUAGUCGAACAUCGAACCAAAGGUCAAGAUCCACCGAAAAGAGCUAUUUCUUUAGUAUUACAACGGAAACAACUACCAGCAGCUUCAUCGAAAAUCUUCACACCUUUUCACACCAACUUUUCCUCGACAGCAACACGAGACUACUGCUCCUCGCCUGCCUGCUUUCCCAGGCCUUCCUCGGCAUGUGCAUCUCGUUCAUUUUUAAGUUUGGGAACGUGAUUCUGAAGAUCUAUCAAGCGAGUCUGACCACUUUGCUAACCACGGUUUUGGCGGUUGUCCUUCAAGACUUCAGAAUAUCGAAGCCAUUCGCGUAUGCAUUGCAAGAGUAUCGGACUCGUACAAAUGCUGUCAACACUGCAAGACAGGUUUGCUUUCUUAGCUAAAUCUGCAUGACAAAUUGCAUUUUUUUCUUGCGAAAAUUUCAAUUUGUAAUGCAAGUCUUUCAUACUAGUACGAUCGGAUACUUUUGCAAUGCAUAUCGCACUGGGCUACGUGAUUUUGCUCUUCUCCACCUUCUUUUUCUAUGGAGAUCCGCUGGUGCUGCACAAGCGCGAUCACGAAGUUUUCUCCUCGAUAUGUUGUAGUAGCCCCGGCAGAGCAGGUGGAAGUGACAUGAACGAAAAAGAUUCGCACAGUACGAGUAAGAAGAGAAAGCAAGCUUAGUCCCAGGAAUGGCCUGGGCUCCGUUGAAUGAACGAAUGACGUGAUGUCACGACGUGAAAUAAGUCCACGAAUUCCAUAUGAAUCUUCGGCGGGACUGGAAAUUGUGAAGCUCAAUCUUGUUGAAGUUGAUCUUGUUCUGGCGUGUCAGAGAUGUUCCGC